AUGAAAGAACGGGACGUGCACUUCCGACACAUUUUAUUGUAUUACUUCCGAAAAGGCAAGAACGCAUCGCAAGCACAAAAGAAGUUAUGUUCCGUAUAUGGAGAUGAAGCCUUAAAAGAAAGGCAGUGUCGAAAUUGGUUUGAAAGAUUUCGUUCCGGUGAUUUUUCACUGAAAAAUUCACAACGAUCUGGCCGCCCAGUCGAAGUGGAUGAAACCCAUAUCAAGGCCAUUAUCGAUACAAAUCAUAUUACAGAGAAGCUCAAUGUGUCGCAUACAUGGUGUUGUUCAGGGGAAGCCUACAAAUUUCACUCAUUAUUUCUGCUCAACCCCCCCCCCACCCACUCGUAUUGGAUUAUUUUACGGUUUACAACAUUUUUAAUAAUUUUCUCCCGAGAACCAUGA